GCCACACAAGGAAGGAGAGGACGUCAGGAAGCUUCCUGCUUGCCAGUUGACUGUGAAAAGGCCGGAAAUUGAGCUUAAACGUUAGCGGUCGUUGAUUUCAGUUACUCGCCACUUUCUUUUGCCGAGAUGUCGAAGAACGUUAUGUCCGCUCGCUUCAGGCGAGUGGACGUGGAUGAGUACGACGAGAACAAAUUUGUAGACGAGGAGGACGGAGGGGAGAACCAGCUGGGACCCGACGAGACGGAGGUGGACUCCCUCAUCAGACAAGGAGACAACAUGGCAGCUCUUCACGCUGUCCUCAAGAACCCACCAAUCAACACGAAGAAUCAGAACGUCAAGGACCGAGCAGAGGGCUUGGUGCUGAAGGUGCUCAGCGCUUUCAAGAGCAGCGACAUCGAGAAAGGUGUGCAGUCGCUGGACAAGAACGGCGUGGACCUGUUGAUGAAAUAUAUCUACAAAGGCUUCGAGAGGCCGUCAGAAAACAGCAGCGCCGUCCUCCUGCAGUGGCAUGAAAAGGCGCUGGCAGUCGGAGGAGUGGGCAGCAUCGUACGAGUUCUGACAGCGAGGAAGACGGUUUAAACGAGGAGCACAGGCACCGUCAACUCCACAUGUUGGAUAGACCCGCACAGCAUAACAGAUGGCAUAUGGACUAAAAGGAAACGCAAAUGGGAUUGUGUCACAUCAAGUUGCUCGACUAAAUCAGUCUUAUCUGGGUCACAUUAGGUGUAAAGAGUUUGGCACAUUUAUCCUCAUGUUUGAUCUCAGCCAGAUCAAAAUCAUGAUCAUCACUAAGUGCACACCCAUCCCCGCAAACAACAUCCGCUAAGUGCUCCUAAACUCAGUACCUGAAGCACACAGCUCUUUUAUCUUGGCGUAGUAUAGGAGGCAAGCUGCAGUCUUCCAGCGAGCAUGCUGGACCUGGACCCCCCCUCCCCCUCCCCCAGCCCCAGCCCCAUAUCAAAUGGUUUUCCCUUCUAUCAUCUUGUUCUGCUUGCUGGUACUGUUUAUAGGAGCUCUUUAAGGAUGACUAAUGAGUUCCUAGUUCCUCUUUCAUUUUUCAACAGAAAUUAAUGCUUUAGUUGAUGACCAAAUCCCUACUUUAUUCAACAUUUUAAACCUAUUUAGAGAAAAUAAGCAUUCCUGCUUAAAAGGAGAGACCAAUAUUCGAUAAUAAAUAUCUGGUCUGCGUCUUUAUGCAGAGACUAUUUGUCAGUUUAAAAGUAUAUAGGUUAAAAUUGGGGGGUAUUUACUCCAAUGUGUCUUGUGUGUUCUGUAUUUAAGUUGAAACAACAGUAUGAAUAGUCAGUAUGUCACAUAUUCACAAUUAGAAGGGGAAACGGUCUACCUGAUGAGGUAGAUAUCAUCUGUUGCCAAAUAAAACAAUUUGAUUUCAUGUCUUUUUACAUGCCGUUGUGUAUUAGACAUCUUAGAUCUUCUCAUCACUAGAAAACGAUGCAAGAGCAGCAAUCUGAUCAUUCCCUGCAUACGGUUAUUUUCCUGAUCCUGACUGUGUGAAGUUCCCUCAUUGUUCCACCAAAGCUUCACUUUCGGUUGACUUUUUACUCCCGGUUGACCUCUAAUGGUUCAUGUAGUCGUCAGUGGUGAUGCAUCCCAACAUUAGACCCGUUUUCUAAUGCAGUAACUGCUACACAGUUACAUGACAACAAAAAGAAGCGCGCUUGUCUUCUUCUGUUUCAUGUAUUUCACAUCGCAGGGCAAGGAGUCAAGGCAACAUACCAAACUGAUGUACAAAACUGCCUUAUGGAAUACCUUUUUUAUGUUUGUGCUUUUUUUGACAAAAUAAAUGGUGUGAAUGCUG